AUGGCAACUACAAUAUUUCAUGAUGAAAGUCUUGUGGAAAGAAAUGAAGUUUUCUUUCCAAACACCGAUAUAAUUGAUGUAGAACCACAUUAUAAUAAUUUUACAGUCAUUCAAAAUGCAUCACAAUACAAUAAUGAACGAAAACAAACAAAUGUAACAACUCAUUAUCGGAGUCAUUCAAUUGAUGAUCAAUAUCGAGCAAUUCGUACUCAAAUCGAACCAUCUUCAUUACGUCAAUUUCAUUCUAAUCAAAUACUUGAUAUAAAUAGUCAAAAUUCAUUAAAUUCUUAUGCUGUUCCUAUAAGUAUUCAAUCGAAACAAAUCGAUGGACAUAUAUUUAAUUUAACUAAAAUCAUUGAAAAUAUUGGUUAUAAUGUAAAUAGUCCAUUUAUACGUUCUCCAUCAAAUUCAAAUACAAAAAAUGUUAGUGCUUUAUUAGAUAUCGUAUUAAAAAUGGGAGGCGCACAUGGACCACUUGUUAAUGUUUGGCGUUCGCACGUGAAUAAUGAUUAUUUUCAAAGAUGGUAUCUUGAAAAAUAUUAUCGACGUUCUGCAUCAUUGAAUCAACAUAAUACCAUAAAUAAUAUAAAUAAAGCAACGACGCAAUAUGCCCAAAAUCGUGACUAUAAAUCGAAUUUACUUAUUGAUAAUUCAGUUUCAAGUAACAUAUUACCAAUGAAACAAGUAAUGAAUGAAAAUUAUUAUCAAAAUGAUAUUCAACAAGCUUACGGCUAUGGCUAUGAUCAAAUGAAUACAAUGAAUACAACAUCAAAUCAGUCUUCAUCAAAUGUAAUAGAAUCAAAAAAUGAUUCUUCUUCUAAUCAACUGGCACGAUCAUCAUCAUCAUCGUCAAUAACAUCAAUUCUUAAAAAACCUAAUAGUCAAAAUAAUGGAAAUUCACAAACAAAACCUCGUGUUACUAUUCGUGAACAAUAUCCAACGAAUGAAUUCAAUCAAGUAGUAUCAGCACAACAAGUAAGUGAUGAGGAUAAACGUAUUUUAGCGGAAUAUCAACAAAUUAUGCAAACUCGUCCUGAUUUAAACAAUGAUCCAAAUCCUCAAAUGAUUACAAAACCAAAUUCAGAUCAAAUAACUUAUCAACAAAAUGUUUCUGUUCGAUAUCUUGUUCCACCAACACCUCCUCCGCCUGGACCAUUAAUUAUUCGAGAAAUUGUUCCUCCACGUGCACCAACACCUCCUCCAGUCGUAAUCAAAUAUCAAGAACCAUCACCACCAACUCCUCCACCUCUUAUUCUUCGUGAAGCUCCACCACCACCACCUCCACAACAAGAACCAACAAUUAUAACUAAAAUGUUACCUCCUGAACCCCCAUCAGCACCACGUGUUAUUGUCGAACAUAAUCCACCAUUACCUGCAAAACCUCAACCAAUUAUUAUUGAAAAAUGGCUACCUUAUAAACCAGCACCACCACGUGAAGUUAUUUAUGAACGUGUUGUCGAAAAUCCGACUACAACUGAAUUUCAAACAGCUGCUAUGCAUACUCAACGACAACGUCGUCAUUCUGCUGACUUUCAGUCAGAUUCAUCACGUAUACCAAUAGAAGUUAAUGUUCAACGACGAAAUUCUGUUGAUCAUUUAGACAAAGAAUAUAUUAUUCAACAAUCAUCAGGAACAUUGGAUGAAUUAGCAUGGAGAACACAGCAACAAAUGUUAGCUUUACAACAACAUGGUAGAGAACACUUACAAGCACAUCAACAAUGGGCAGCAAAUCUAUGGCAACAACAUUCAAAUAGAUUUUUACAAUAUCCAACUCAAUUAACAGCACCACCUUUAGUUGUUUAUCAACAACCUGUUCCAAUAAAUACAGCUGCAUAUGUGCAAAGACAACAAUAUCAUCAUCAACAAAGACAAGCAUAUCAUCAUCAACACAGACAUGAAUAUCAUCAUCAACACAUGCAAUAUAAUCCAACAUACGUUUAUCCUUAUAUUUAA